UACGGAGAUGGAAUUCGUUUUUGUGAUUCCUAUGGAAUUCGUUUUAGUGAUUCCUAUUCUGUUCCACGCCACGAUUUUGUCACAGUGAAAGCGAAGGCAGGCAGGCAGGCACUGUGGAGGUAAGGUUCACGCGUCGUCUUCAAAAGCACGCAAAGUCACCUUAAUUACGCUGCUCCGCAAUUCAUUCGGGCUCGCCAGCCAACGUGUGGAGACGAGUUUGAGGAAUUAAUUUUUAUUAUUAUUUUUUUUGAUCGGAAGGAAUUAAUUUUAAUAUAUAUAAAGUGGGAGAAUAUUAUUGGUGCUGCAAUUGCAAUCAAUUUCAGCUAAUUACCGUUUUGGCGCUGCUGUCCUGUCCUGCCUCUCUAUCUAUAAAUAACCAAUUUCGUUGCAUACCGACGCCAUUCUCAGAUCUCGUAGCAAUUUCCUAACAUAAUUCAGAGAAAUUUCAAAACUAGUUGUCGAUAUGGGGACCGUUGUGACUACUGCAAACAAGGAAGCCAAUGGAAGUGCAGAAACCAACAAGAAGUUCACCGUAGUUUUUGUUCUGGGUGGACCGGGCAGUGGUAAGGGCACUCAGUGUUCGAAUAUCGUCAAACAUUUUGGUUACACUCAUCUUAGUGCUGGCGAUCUCCUUCGAGCGGAGAUAAAGUCUGGUUCUGAAAAUGGGACAAUGAUUCAGAACAUGAUUAAGGAGGGUAAAAUUGUACCUUCGGAGGUAACAAUUAAGCUUCUCCAGCGAGCAAUGAACGAAAGUGGAAAUGACAAAUUUCUUAUUGAUGGUUUCCCUCGUAACGAGGAGAAUCGAGCUAAUUUUGAAUCUGUUACCGGCAUCGUGCCCGAAUUCGUGCUUUUCUUUGAUUGCCCCGAGGAGGAAAUGGAAAAACGUCUGUUGAGCAGGAAUCAGGGCCGAGAAGAUGAUAACAUCGAAACAAUAAGGAAGAGGUUUAAGGUUUACAUGGAAUCCAGUCUUCCCGUAAUUGAAUAUUACAAUGCUAAAGGGAAAGUCCGGAAGAUUGAUGCUGCAAAGCCAGUUGAUGAGGUUUUUGAGACAGUCAAAGGAGUUUUCGCCCCGGCAAGCAACAAGGUUGCUGCAUGAAGAUGAGGCUACUUCUCUCCCCCGGUAGCUCCGCCUAUAUCAGUUUUUGUUCUGCAGGUGUCUUUGUUACUUUCUGUGUGCCCUUUGUGGAGCUGAUAGUCAUUGUCAUCAGUCGCCUGGAGUUAUUACAUACAUACAUUCACAUAUAUACAUAUAUAUAUAUAUAAUAUAUUUGCAUAUAUGGUUUUUUUUUUUUUUUUAAUUGUUUUCAGAAGCAGAGACAUAGUAUGUUGAUGAGGGGUUGUGGCCCUGUACUGUUGUUAUACUAUAUUCACUAGUUUUAUUUGAGGUUAUUACAACCUCCAUAUGCUACCAAGAUACAUACAUACAUACAUGUCUGUUUCAAGAUUCUUAGAAGCAUUAGUGUUUGGUUUUGAUUCGAAAUAGAGAUAUUAAUUUGAAAUUUGAUUUAAACUAUACAUGUC